CUCUCAACAAUAGUGUGUCUGCGGCCAGCUGAGUGACCUUGCAGUGUUUGUAAACAGAUACACGUUGUGUUGUGAAGUCUCGAAAGUUUUCAUACCAAUUGUGAAAAUCAUUUGCUUAAAGUUUACGACAAUUAGAAUAAACAACAGUAAACUAGAGGAAUCAUGGAGGUAGAACAGAUGUGCAUCGUUGAGAACGAAACGGAGGGCACACGCGGUGACCGGAAAGAGGGGGGCAAGCGAGGACGCAAGCCCGGAAGGAAAGCGUCCGACAAGACGGACAUGAAAGCGAAGCUUGGGAUGCAGAGAAAGCGACACGAAGCUAUAGAACGAAGCCGGCAGAGCGCGAGGGAGUGCCGUGCUCGUAAAAAGUUGAGAUAUCAGUACCUGGAAGAGCUUGUCGCCGAUAGAGAAAAGGCCGUGAUGGCCCUCCGAAAGGAGCUAGACAUGUAUCGUUUUUGGGGACAGGAGUUGGAUUCAGGUCGAGUUCCUGAGGGAAUACAAGCGAUGCUGGAGGAACUUGGUUCCAUGAAAAAGGAGGCGAACAACAACUAAAAUAAAACCACGUGCCUUCCAGCAGAAACUCCAAAAAAAAAUCCUUUGUUUUAUGUUUUAAGUGUGUUUACGCUUUACAGUUGUGUUUUUUUUCUCAUUAAGUUAAACAAUCAGUUAACAUUUUUUUUCAACUCGAUCUUCCCGUAGAAUAAUCGUUUUAUUACCUCUGGAAGGUAAAUUAUAUUAUUAUUAUUUUUUUUUAGUUACAUUUUUGGACCUUUUAAAGUACCUGAAUCAAUUUUCCAGUCUCUACCCAGUAACUGUUUUUUUUUUUUUUUUAAAGACCUAUAUCAGAGAUCUACUAGUUCAGUUUAGUUUUUAUCCUAGAAGAAGAUAAAAAAGAGGCUCUGAUCCGUUGAUUUUUUAUUUGUUUUUUUACAUUCUUGCAAUUAUUGCGAGAAUAUUUAUUUUUUUUACUUUAUUAUUAAAGGCAUUAAAAUAUAGAGAGAAUUUUGUCUUAUAUAUUAGAAAGAGAGUCUUUAUUUUUAUCAAUUUAUUUUUUGAUUUAAUCAAAAUAAUAGAAUAUAUUAUAAAUAAAUAUACAGAAUCGCUAUUUUUAUCAGAGUUACGCUUUUAGAAUUUCUUCAUAAUAAUUGAGAGAAAAUAUCGAGGAAAAACAGUCUUUUUUAUACUUAUUAACUCUCGUGAGAAACGUCCCUUGAAAAGAAACAGAAUGAAUAAUAAAAUUAUUUUAUUGAAUUUUCGGAUAAUUAUUAUAGCUAUUAAUAAUGAUAAACUAUUUUCUGUCACUUUUCAAGAAAUGUGCUGUAAUUAUUGUACCAUUAUUAUUGUAAUAAUAGUUAAGACAACCAUUGUACAUUGUAAAUUAAAAAAAACAAUACAUUAUCAAUACAAAAAAA